AUGGCCGUGAAAAAUCCUCCUGCUAAGGAAGACACAUGGGCGUUUCAGAAAAUUGGUACUGCAUUUCCUCCGAAUCCUGUGAAAUGUCUUGGACAACAAAAUAUGUACGUCGCUCUGUGGUACAAGCACGGAAAGCCAAUUCACGGGCGAUCAUGGAACAACGGAGGAGUUGUCGAAUGUUCGUUCCCGUACAAGAAAGCUGAAUUGAGAACAGCUCAACAGCUUGAAGGAAAUAUCCAGGUGCUUCAAUACACGGGUGAUCAUAAUACUCAAGGAUUCUGGUAUGAAUGGAUUAAAUAUAGGGAAAGACUUGAGAAAGCAGAAGGUCGCCAACUUGUACACUGUGGAGACUCCUUUCCCAUAUUGUGGAAGGACCGCCCCGAGGGUGCGCUUCUCGGUUAUGUCGACAACAAAACCGAAAUAGCGCUGUUCUCCUUCGAAGGAAAAGUAUAUGAGCGAUCAGGACCACAACUCAAUGAUAUGUACAUUAUAAUGCGAAAUACUGUUGGCGGACCGCCUUUCUGUGAAUGCGGUAAAUGUCCAAAAGAACCGCCACCUCCUCCACCACCGAAACCUGGCAAACCCAAGAGACCAGGCCCUCCUCCUCCAAGGGUUAUGCUUGAUGAAUGGAUUGAUAUCCGUGCUGGUGAUCCAUGGCCAAACCGUCUUCUUGUGAAAGCACUUGACAAGACUCUUGAUACAAUCCCUGGUGAAAAUCCUGACCAAUACGUUGCUUUGUGGUACCAGGCUGGAGAGCCUGUCAUGGGACGUGUUUGGAAUGAAAAUGGCAAGGUUGCCGCCAACUUCUGUUGGAACAAGAACGAGUACAAAGGAAAUGUUGGAUCAAUUCAACUGCUUGUGCACCUCUCCGAACACGUCAGAGGUUUCGACUAUAAAUGGUUGCCAUAUCCGGAGGCGGCGACAUUCGAAAAAGACAGGAAAUGGAUUCCAGUACAUGUAAACAACACUAAAGGAGACAUUUCCUCUGGUGUAAUCACAAUUGACGGGAAGCAGAUUCUCGGGAAGGUUGACGUCAGGAACGAAAAGUCUUCAGCCGGAUACGGUGGCAAGGAAAACAUGCUUAUCGGACCGGCAUGUGCAGCUAACACAAUAGUAUUGUGCCGUAAAGCAAGGCCUGGAUACAAGUUUGAUUAG